GUGAAGGAAGUUGGAAUUUAUCUUGUUGGUUGCCCAAGAAUAGCAGAGAAUGUUGAGGUCUACUAUAACAACCUAUGGGAACUUGCACAUCUUGAUGUUUCAGCUUACACAAAAACUGUAUGGGAUCAACAGUGGCAGGUCUCAUUGUUAGCUCUGGAAUACUCUCCUGCCACCGCCACAAAUCCAGAAAAAGGAGUAUCCUAUACUUCUCCUAAACUGGUCUUAUUGGUAAGAAAACAAAGCAUGAAGUUAAGAUGUUCUUGCAUCCUUGGAAAUGUUGUUGAUGGUACAGCAUUUUGUAAUGACAGAUCACCUCUUCCUCAAUACGUGGAGGUUCCCCACACAGCAGGCUAUCCUGUAUUGUCGGACCCUGACAUGUUUCAAAUGGCAAUUGAAACUCCUGGAAGCAACAAUUCUUCUUUGCAUCCUCAUUUUGGCUAUCUCUCAUUUGCUCCUCCAGAGCUGUCAUUUGGCAAGUACCUGACUGAUGAACAGGCAUGGGUGGACACAAUUAAAUCUGUAGGAAUAGGGGCGUCUGUUAGAAUUAGUACUAUGGAUUGGCUUGGUCAAUCCCAGUACACAAACCAAACAGUUUACUGGUCGACCCUUUCUUCAGCAGUGUCAGAGGUUAUCUUCUCAAAGCAUGCAGAGGUCAAGAUAUUAGUGGCAUAUUGGGCACAUUAUAUCAACAACACAGAUCAGUAUCUGAAGUCUCUUCUCUACUCCAAUACCCUAUGCUCUUCCUCAAAGUACAACAAAUGUUCUGGCAAAGUUGAGAUCAAAUACUACAUGGUGCCUGGAUUUAAUUUGACUGGACCUGCUAAUCUGAAUGGAACAAGCACUGGAAAUAUUUAUCCGGGCUUUACUAGAGUCAACCAUGGAAAAUACACAGUUAGCGAUGUGCGAGCCCACAUUGGAACCAGCAAUCUGAUAUGGGAUUAUUUCUAUACGACAGCGGGUGUCAGCUUCGGGACAUACAAUCCUGCCAUUAUUUUGCAACUUCAAGAAAUCUUUGAUGCUGAUUGGAAUUCACCAUAUGCUGUUCCAGUUGAAUCAUUGGAGGAAGCUCGUGCUUAUUCAAGUUGA